ACCCUGUUAAGCAAACAACCACCACCACCAAUAUCACCACCUCUCUUGGUCUUAGUCAUCUUCUUCUUCUUAUUCAGGAACUUUCUCUUGCUUGUUUUUUCCGUGUUAGCGUAUAGGUUUGGCCAAACAAUUAAAAAGAUAGAAAGAGUAUAGUAUUGGAUUAUAAUAUUCAAGUUGGUGUUGAUUAUUCUCCCUUUCUUUUAUUAUUGAAUUUCAAAUUUUAUAUGAAUAGUAUUGUCUGAGUUGGUGCCGUUGCUCCAAUCAUAAGGAGGUUGGUCUUGUUUGGGAAGGAAUUUAUAUCUCUUGGGAUUGCUGUUUGUCUCUGAUUCGUGAUAGUCUUCGCUUUCACAGACUUUACUACUUCAAUUUUAGCUGCACACAAUUCAUUUCCCAGAGCUUGCUUUCAGGAAUCAGUAGAUGAUCUAGAUGGGUAUCACCAAUUCAGACCGGUAAUUCUGCCUUCAAUUUCAGAUUAGUUAAGGGUUUGGAGAAAGAGAGGGAAACAAAGUAUGGCUACAUAUUUCCAAAAUUUAAGUAAUCAAAAUUUGUUGACCCCCUAUCCAGGGGAUGAGAAGCUUGCUUCUUAUCCUGACCAGCCUAGUAACAUGAUGAUGUAUAUGAAUCAAGCUUCAUAUCCCGGAUCCUACACCGAGGUCUUGUCCGGUGGCUCUUUCUCCCCCAACAAAUGUUCUGAGUCUGAUGGUGGUAGGAAUGAAAUGAUGUUUAUUCCACCUACAAGUGGCCCGGUCAGGGAUUGUGUGGGUGGGGAUUCAUUGAUAGGGUCUCCUGAUGGCAAACGUGGUAUUCAGGAUCAUGGAUUGUCUCUUAGCCUUGCCACACAAAUUCCACCUGCAGUUUCUGUUCCUUCGUUUCAGUACCAGUAUCUGAAUUCGAGUCUCCCUUCGGUUUUGAGCACUUCUCAAAUCCUAGGGAAGGGAGAAUUUCAAUGUAAAGGUGAUGAUUACAGCCAAAGUGACGAGUUUAGAAACUUUGAAAAUUUGACAUCUGGCUUAUACGACUCUCUCAAAACACAGAAUUUCUCCAAUCCUAUGUGCUCCAUGGUCCCCAAAGAAAUGCAUUCCGAAGCAUACUUGUAUGACUCAUUAGGUUUUUCAAACUCUUUAUUAAACACCAAGUACCUCAAGGCAGCUCAGCAAUUGCUUGAUGAAGUGGUAAAUGUACGAAAGGCUUUGAAGCAGUCUAGAUCGAACAAACAUCAAAGAACAGACGGUUCGAAAGAGACUGACGGGAUAAGAAUGUCAUCCGACCCUAGUGAGCCAAGCGCCGUAUCUUCUGUUGAGUUAUCACCAGUAGAAAGGCAGGAUUUACAGAACAAGAAGACCAAACUUUUGUCCAUGUUGGAUGAGGUAGAUAGAAGAUACAAGCAAUAUUACCAUCAAAUGCAAAACGUGGUGGCAUUUUUUGACAAGGCAGCUGGGAAUGGGGCUGCCGGACCAUACACAGCACUAGCUCUACAAGCAAUUUCCCGUCAUUUUCGCAGUUUGCAUGAUGCAAUCAAGGGCCAGAUUCAAGCGGCACAGAGAAGCCUGGGAGAGAAAGAUACUCCAUCAGAUGCUCAAGGAGAAGUAAUACCUCGCCUCCGUUACGUGGACCAGCAGCUCAGACAGCAGAGGGCAUUUCAGCAGCAUGGUGUAAUGCAACAUUCUUGGAGACCUCAAAGGGGACUUCCUGAAAGCUCUGUUGCAAUCCUUCGCGCUUGGCUAUUUGAGCACUUCCUUCUCCCUUACCCAAAGGAUUCUGAAAAGGUUAUGCUAGCAAGGCAGACCGGCUUAACCAGAAAUCAGGUUGCCAACUGGUUUAUUAAUGCAAGGGUACGUCUUUGGAAGCCCAUGAUUGAGGAGAUGUACAAAGAAGAAUUUGGUGAAGAGAUGGAUUCGAAAUCUUCACCAGAAAAUGUGCUAAAAGAAGGCAGAGUUGAAUUCUCAGCAUCUGAGGAUAGGAGAGAUGAGUUGCGGGAAAGCAUGAUGUCUACAACUGCUGAUAGUAUUGAACCAGGGCAACUGCAUGACUCGAAGUCUGGAAUAACAAAGUUACAAGAUCAUGGUCAAAGGCCUAAUGCAGACGACCGUAGUGUUUAUCUUGAUGCAAACGAGAAUGCUGUUGCUACAUAUGAUAUGUCAGGGUUGGGGAAUGCGGUUGGUAGUGAGGUCUCACUUGCAUUGGAGUUGCGGCAUUGUGAGGAACAUGAUGGAUUUCCAGCACCUAAUGGAUCCGAAGUAAGAGGUAACGAUCCAGAAGCUUCUUUGGAUUGUUAUUAUGGAGAUCCAGGGCAGCAGCUACAGGUUUGGCAAUUCACACCUGUUACAUGAUUUUGUAGUUUGAGGGAACUGAAUUGUUGCCUCCAGCAUAUGAAAGAACAUGAAUGGGAAUCCUUGUUUUGUUGCUUUAGCUGUGCCGAAUUCGGUUGCCUAUAGUUCAAGGAGACGGAAGCUGCUAGCAAUGGAAAUAGAUGUAGAUGCGUGUAUUAAUACCAACAUGUAAUAUAACAGAGAUUGGUGAAUCCCUAGCCCUAGGCAUAUUUGUAAAGAUAAAUUGUAAAGAUAAGAUGAAGGAAUAUCUUGUGCAUUCCAUGGAAUAAGAGGUACUUGAACUUUGCAUAAGUACUCCGUGUGUACUCUCAUUUGGAAAUAAUUGUGAUACAAGAAUUGGCUUAUUUUCA